AUGGUGCCGUUAUUUUUUCUCCUAGUAGGAUUUAUAAGUGCAGAUCCACUGGAGUUCAGGUCAAAUUUCGAGUUUUUGGAAUACAGCACGAAUAUCGAUGAGCCAAAGUACCGAUUACUCGAUAUAGUUCAGCCUAUCAACCAAUACGUCGAUCUGGAUGUCUACUUGUCCCAGUCAAGAUUCAACGGCUUAGUGCAAAUUGACGUUAAUGUCCGACAAAACCUGACCCAAAUCGUCGUGCAUCAAAAUGUGGUAGCAAUCCAAGGUGUAAACGUUAUCAACUCAAACAACCGUCCAGUGCCGCUAGAUGUCUCAAAUCCGUUCGAAGUCGAUUCGUAUUACGAAAUUUUGAAGAUCAACUUCGCCGGUGUGAUUCCUAUUGGGCGUUAUAACAUCACGAUCCGUUACUUGGGUCAAAUCAACGAGAACCCGGUAGAUCGAGGUUUUUACAAAGGUUACUAUUAUUAUGGAAACCAGAAACGGGUUUCCGCAAAUCGAAUACGGGAAACGUUCCUUCCUACUCCAAUCGUCUCUGUGUACUUGGUCGCUUUCCAUGUGAGCGAUUUCAUCGCAACAAACUCCUCUGCUACGAGCACCAAGCCGUUCCAGAUAAUCUCAAGACAGGGACCAGUCGACCAACACGACUACGCAGCCGAUAUCGGCAUGAGAAUAACGAACUCGUUGGACGAAUACUUUGGUAUCGAGUACUAUUUUAUGGGCCAAGGUCAACCUAUGAAAAACGACCACAUCGCUUUACCCGAUUUCCCAUCAGGCGCUAUGGAAAACUGGGGAAUGGUUAAUUACAGGGAGGCGUAUUUACUAUACGAUGAAAACAAUACAAAUUUGAUCAACAAAAUCUUCAUCGCAACUAUAAUGGCCCACGAGCUGGCUCACAAGUGGUUUGGAAAUCUAGUUACGUGCUUUUGGUGGAGUAAUUUGUGGCUAAACGAAUCAUACGCCAGCUUCUUUGAGUACUUCGGUGCCCAUUAUGCUGAUCCAUCUCUAGAAUUGGAUGAUCAAUUUGUAGUUGAUUACGUGCAUAGUGCUUUAUCUUGGGACGCUGGUGCAUCCGCUACUCCUAUGAAUUGGAGCAGUGUUGCCACUAACCCAUCAGUUUCAUCCCACUUCAGCACAACAAGCUACGCCAAAGGGGCAUCGGUUUUGAGAAUGCUUGAACAUUUUGUCGGAUUCACCACUUUCAGGAAUGCUUUGAGAAUAUACUUAAAUGAGCAUGCUUAUGGCAUUGGAUAUCCCGAGGACAUGUACGCUGCGUUUAGAAGAGCUGUAUCUCAAGAUGCAUCAUUCGCUAGAGAUUUUCCUAAUAUAGAUAUCGGAAGAGUAUUCGACAGCUGGGUUCAAAACCCCGGAGCGCCUGUCGUUAAUGUCAACGUAAAUAUGUCGAACGGCGAAAUCACCGUAUCUCAGAUCGUGAAUGACGUCCUGUUCUUUAUUCGUGCUGGGACCAUUAGUAUAAGACGUGCAUUCGACGUUCUUUCAUUUUUGAGAAAUGAAACCGAUUAUUACGUCUGGGCCGCUGCGCUCGGACAGUUGGACUGGAUCAGAUCAAGGCUGGAGCAUCUGCCUACUGCUUACGAAGAAUUUAAUGCCUAUCUGAUGGAUCUGAUGGAGACAGUCAUUCAGCACUUGGGAUAUAACGAGCGUCCUACGGAUUCUGUAUCCACAAUUUUGAAUAGGAUGCAAAUUAUGAACUACGCUUGUAACAUGGGACACGCGGGCUGCAUUGCCGACAGCCUACAGAAAUGGCGCGCUUUCCGACAAAACGCAAGCAAUCUGGUACCAGUGAACGCCCGCCGCUACGUCUACUGUACGGCUAUGCGUCAGAACGGUGCCUCCGAUUACAACUUCCUCUUCCAGAGAUACAACGCGUCUGAGAACACGGCCGACAUGGUGGUGAUGUUACGCACGCUAGCCUGCACGAGGGACAACGCCUCCUUAGAGCAG